AAAAUCGCUUUUCUAAUUUACGCAGGUCAAGUAAAAAUGACUUUACCUCGGCUAAAGAAAAAAGCAACGAUUUAAUCAAUUUUGAUCUCUUAUGAAAGUAUUUCGAUCAGUCCUUGAGAAGUUUAUACGAAUCUAUUUAUCUUUUUCAUUUCGUAAAGAAUACAAACUGUAAAAUGUUGCAUCUGAUCGUUAAGAGAACUUUACCAAAGAACGUCGCAUUAGUUCAUCUGGGAGCACUCGACGCACGUCGUACUUUAUCCGAUCAAAAGCAACCAGAUGCAAACGUACCAGGCCUUAGCGAAAAAUGUUACAAACUUCCUACAACACCCGUGGGACCCGGUGCAUCCAAAGAUAAAGAAUAUAAAAAUCCAGAAUACUUUUCUUACCACGUAGAUUCGUUCGCAGAAGCAGAAGUGGAAUUAGAAAAAUAUAGAUUACCAGCUCCUUCUAAUAAAAAACCUUUCAAGCAAUAAAUAACCAUUUAAAUCUAUAAAAGAAAU